ACCUCCGACACUGAAAAUGUAAUUUCCGGUCUGAGAGCGAAGACAUUUUCUGCUGGCCUUUGGUUGAAAGCAACACCCUUAAAUUCAUAUUCACUGGCAUGAUAAUUGUCAUCAAGUCUACACGGAUCAGCUGUGAUCGUCGGUUCUACAGUACACCUAACAAUGAUGCCUUCUGGCGAUGACCCAGAUGUUGACGAUAUGAAAGACUGGGUAUUGCACACUUCAGUCGGUGAAAGCCACAAGCUGGGAAUCAUCCGUAUUCCACCGUUUAAUGAUGGGCUUUUCCAAUUUCUUGCCAUCUUUAGCUUCAGCCUUUUCAUAGGACUCUUUUUAGUACAAGCUAACAUGGCAUGGCAGUCUUACCAGAUGCUUCAACGACUGUCACGGAAUCGACCAGUCCCUGACAUGGUGUACCAGCUCUACUUCGACUAUCUGGAGUGGGAGAUUGACCCCAGCAAGGUGGACCUGAAGGUCAACACCAGCAUAUUUGUACACUAACAUCACAUCUUCAGGGGAACACAGACAAUCAUUAGGCUUAUCAUGUUUUGUUGUGCAUCAGAGUUUCUUUCACCUUAACUUGCUCUGUUGUUGACAGUUUACUCAUUGCUUCGACUAUACUGUGUACAUCUCAGGGCUCCAGAUAAGGGUCGUAUCGGCGUAUGUACGGAUAAAACAUAUGCAAGAUAUGGUUGGAAAUAAUUAAGAAAACAUAGGAGAUACGCACCACAGCAAUGGUGUACGGUCUUAGAAUCAUGUACAGAUGUAUUUAGAUAAACAUAUCAAUCUGAUUUCAAGCAGUCUCCCAGUUUAGAAUCUACUUGAUUGCGAAACGGGAGAUUGAUAAUUAUUCAUAAUAAUUCAUUAGUAUUUGUUUCACAAUAUAUGCCCUAUGUUCUUAAUUUGUCAGCUCAGUGUUAAUGAUACAACCAACUUAUUUAUUGUGACCCCCGGGUUCUUUCAAAGUUUCAGGCAAUCUGACAGCUGAAUGCAGUGGUAUGCGUCUUAUGGGGAUUAGUUUUAGGAGUCUUUGGGGCUCUAUAGGCGAAACAUUUUGUAAAAUUAGAUCCAUUUUCUAAGCAUUCUGGAGAAAGUAUAUAUAUAAUGGCGAAAAUAGUUCUGUUUAUUGGAACUAAGCUUGGCUAAGGAAGAAUGUGUUCAUGAUAGUUUGCCAAAAAGAGUAUGAGGGGAGACAGGCUGCCUGUCCAUGAGGGAGAAUUAUUAUUACUUGGAAAACAGAUUGAAUGAUGUAUUUACCUCAGUGUUUAUUUUAUUACAGAAAUGUGUUUUACAAUCAUGUCACAUGUACCUCAUUUCAAGAGCAGGCAAUUGUUGGUCAUUCUUUGAGAUGGACACUAUGAUUUCCAAUUCUGACUCUAUUCUUUUUUAUCAAGAAAAGUAAUUGUUAAUUAUGAAUACCCCAUACUGUACCCCAACAGUGAGUGAAAGGGUAAUGUAAGGAAAACACAUUUCUGAGUAUAUUCUUAAUCCAAUGUUCAGGUGAAGGGCUUCAUGUGAUGGGUCAACUUGUGUAAUAUGGAGAACUUGUUGUAAGAUGAAACUCAAGAGAAUGCUGUUGAUAGCUAGGCUAAACUGGAACACAUCUUGUGGUUUAGGAAAUAUAUGCGAGAAAGUAAGAAGUGUGAAGAGGAAAUGUUUCUCUCUCUACAAAUAUCCAUGGCCAAGGAAAUGGGUAUUAUCUAAAUGUUUAGAUGCAAUACACAUUUUGAGUUUGUUUCAAGCAUAUAUAGCUGUAAGUACUUGUGUCCACAAUGUGGGCAGUGUUUUCUUAUAGCAGUAAUAGUAGAUACUUAUAACUCAUAUAAUGCAGAAUUAUGCAGGCUAUCGUGCAGAUUUACUCAAAGUCUAUAGAUCACAGAUCAGAUCAGUGUGCAAAAUAGUCACUGGCCCACUAGCCUGUGGCUAGUAAAAAUCCAGUCGGGCCAGUAAAUAUCCAUACUUACUAGCCCGACUGGCUUGUGAAUUUUCAUUAGGUCAUCUUGUAAAAUAUCACUCUCUCCGACUUGAUACGUUAUAAUACACUUUUAAAUCAUGCAGGAUAAUGACCUGAUAAAAAUGUUCAUAUUAGCAGC